ACUCUUCCUUCAAAGCCUCCUCCUCAAUGGAAGACGCCACCCCAGAUAAAGCCCGCCUCAACGGGGAGUCCUGCUGGAAGCCGUCAAAAAAUGCCCUCGGCAGCUGGAUCCUGGUGAACCUCGGCUACACGAGAAAGGUGACUGCGAUCGUGACCCAGGGCUGUAAUAGCACCGAUACUCGCUCCUGGGACAUCCCACUUGAGAUGAGACUGAGCGUUAAUAGGAAGAAGUGGACCAAACACCCGGACGGGAAGUUCAUCGGCGGUGGGACUCAUCUGCUUGAGACGCCCGCGUUCGCUCAGUACGUCCUCAUCCUGCCGCUGGAGAAUCGUCCAGAAUUUGGCCUCCGCUUCGACAUCUUGGGAUGCCCACAUGAGGGUGAGCAACGCGAUCCGCGGCCGCUUUGGUUGCCCAAAACAACAACCCCAAACAUGCCACAAACUCUCGCCUUUUGUCCCACAGAUAAGACCACCUGUGCCAGAAAGUUCAACAGCCUCCGCAUCACCGAUUGGAUGACCUUCUACUGUCCACCGGGCUGUGCCAAAUACUUUGUCGCUGGAACAUUGGUCUACUCGGAGGACUCGCACAUCUGCGCGGCCGCCAUUCACGCCGGCGUCAUCCGGAACGACAUCGGAGGAGAUUGUAUUGUGAUGAGAGCUCCCAAACAGCAAGUCUACACGGGCUCCACCGGGAACAGGAUCACCUCCAGACAUUUGAACGACCCGCUGGGUGUGUCUCACACGUUUGCGGACGGGGAGCCCAGAUGCGCGGCGCCUGACUGGGAGGAGUUUGCCGGGUUCUGCUACAAAACGUUUGACGAGGAAAAGAACUGGGCUGAUGCUCAACAGGUGUGUCGUGGUUUCGGUGCGGAACUGGUGUCCAUCCGCAGCGAGAUGGAGCAGGCGUCAGUGAAAAAUGUCUCCCACCUUGAAACCAGCGACAUGUGGACCGGACUGAACGACCUGGCGCUUCCCGGCACGUUGGUGUGGUCGGACCGCCACGAGGUGACCUUCACCCACUGGGCCGCGGGAGAACCCGUCCAACGCGUCGGCCUCGACCAACACUGCGUGGCUGUGUUACGGCAGGUGCGUCCUCAAAUGAGCAUUAGGAAGAAGAAGAGCUUUGCGCUCCACUGAAAUGGAUUGUUUUCUUUCAGACUGGAAGAUGGAAGCCAAUGUCCUGCUCC